AUGGAAGACUUCAAGGCAGCCAUUUAUGAAGGGAAGGUGACAGAUGCUGCGUCUAAUGUGAUGGGGAAACCACUGCAGUAUUUCAGCGAAGUGCCACUCAACAUCGCUGUAGUAGGAGAGCCAGGCUCUGGAAAGUCCUCCUUCGUCAAUGCCAUGCUGGGCUUAUGUGCAGGUGAUCCAGGAGCUGCCGAGACAGGCAUACAGACAACAACAGUAGACGUCAAGGCUUUCCCACAUCCACAUCUUAUAAAUGUCAUUUUUUGGGAUCUCCCAGGAAAAGGUGCAGCAUCUUUUGGUGAAGAUGUUUUUGCCAAGAUCGACUUGAAUCGCUUUGAUUUCUUCAUCAUAGUUGGUGCCCAGCGUUUCCGGACCAUUCACGCUGACCUGAUCAACGAGAUCCAAGGAAUGAGCAAGAAGUUUUACUUUGUGCGUAGCAACACAGACCUUGAUCUGGAAGCAUCCAAGAGGCAACGGCCUUCUGAUUACAACGAGGAGAAGAUUCUCCUGAGAAUCAAGGACGAUUGCCAUGAGGGACUGCGGAGAGAAGGAGUGACUAAUCCACAAGUCUUUCUAGUAUCCAGUUAUGAAACCAGCCGCUUUGAUUUCCCCCUCCUUUGGGAAAGGCUGAAGAAUGAUCUCUUAGGGCUGAGGAGGAAAGCUUUUCUGCUCAAUUUGCCCAGCAUCUACCUGCCAGUCUUGAACAACAAGAAAACUGCCAUGAAGAAGCAGAUUCUAACCAGAGCCCUUUGGUUAUGGAUUUUUGCUUCUAUUCCCAUCCCAGGCCUCUCCUACUUUCCUGCCAGAAAGGUCCACUCCUGGUGUUAUCAUAACUUUGGCCUAGGUGAUCCAUCACUCACAGAUCUUUCUCAUGUGGUUGGCAAGACAGCAGCCACCCUUAAAACAGUAAUGAAGCCCCUGUCUUUCACCUCUGUGGUUCUAUGGAGCUUUGCAGAAUUGGUUAGAGCUGUGGUGAUAAUAGGAGACUAUACCCACUACCAACGUUUCCCACUUUACGGAUACCUACUAUCAGGAGGAAUUUCACUUCUUUCCACCUACAUCAUGUUAAAGAAAUUUGUAUCCAAUGCUACCGACAACACCCAAAGUGUUCUGACUGAAGCUCUGAUGCGUGAGGAGAAGAAGUCCAUUUAG